AUGAAUACUCGACGGUAUCAUCAUGCCGCAACUCUUUUAAAUAAUGGGAAAAUUUUAGUUACUGGUGGCUAUUCCGAGGUAGCUGAAUACAUGAGUGCAGAAUUAUAUGAUCCAAAAACUGAUACAUGGACGUAUACUAGUCCAAUGAAUGAAAAGCGAUAUUCGCAUUCAGCAUCACUACUGCAUGAUGGGAGAGUAUUAGUGACUGGUGGUCUUAAAGAAAAACAUAGACUGACAAGUUCAGAAAUAUACGAUCCAGAAACUGAAACAUGGACAAGAACAGGUAAUAUGAGUAUAAAAAGAAGUGAACACAGUGCAACUGUAUUAUUCAAUGGAGCAGUAUUGGUUAUUGGUUGUGGUUCAACACACACUGAAUUAUAUGAUACAACCACUGAAAUUUGGACAGUUGUUGUUAGUAGAGUGAGUUCAAGUGGCUGUCAUGCCAUAUCUGUAUUACCAGAUAAUCGAAUUUUGAAAACUGGCGGGUAUAAUGCAAAAGCUAGCAAUACCGCUCAGAUAUAUGAUCCAUCAACAAAACUAUGGAUAAACACUACGAAUAUGUAUUUUACAAGAUCUUGCCCAACAUCAAUCAUGCUAAACAAUGGAAAGGUUUUAGUUACUGGUGGAAAAAAGAACGACGAUGACAAAAGCAGCGAAAUAUACGAUCCAAAGGAUGAAAGUUGGCAAAUUAUAAGUGGUCGGGGUGCGAAAAGAUACCAUCAUACUGCAUCAUUAUUAAAUGAUGGAAAAGUUUUAAUAACUGGUGGAAGUAGUGGUGGCAAAAUAUUGAAUACUACCCAAUUGUAUAAUCCAUUGACCAACGAAUGGUCUGACAUGGCUGAUAUGAAUUGUCGAAGAAGCGUUCAUUAUGCAUUUACUUUACCCAAUGAUAUAGUAUUAGUUAUAGGCGGAGAACCAGACGGUUUGAAAGGCUGUAGUGGAGAAUUUUAUCGAUUUUCAUAA